CGGAUCUCUGGGUUCUUGUACUCCAGCUAGUGCAUACCUCGAGCUAGUCACCCCGUUCGCAAGGCUGCAGGCAGCGCUGCAUGCUUUUCACCUUUCGAUCCCUUCACUGACGGUCCAUCGCCACUUCACUAUCCUCCUUGUGACUCUUCCUCCUCCCUCUCUCCGCCGCAGUCCCCGGUCAACCUCCCCUUCGCUUUUUACUUUCACCCCGUCGCUUUCGCAACGGCAGUGCCUCCUUCUAGCCGUAAAUCCAACAAUGUCACGUUGAUCCCGGACACUAAAACCACCAUGACGACCGAUUCUGCGCUCUCGUAUCAUCCGACCGAGGCCUUGAUUCUCCCGACCAAGCGACGUUUUUUCCCCUUCAAGAUCCCCAAUUUCCACCAACAACUCCGCAACUACAUCAGUACCGCCGACCCCGACAGGAUCUAUGUCGUUGUCGACCGAGUCAUAUAUGCGAUCCAUAUCUCCACCGAAAAGCGGGAGACUCUGGCAGUCAUACCGUUCGAACCGAAAUGCCUGGCUGCUGGUAACGGGUGGGUAGCUGUGGGGGGUUCGGACAAUGGCGAAUGCGCGUUUGUCAGCGUGGCCGAUCGCAAUGGGCGUGUCCGGGAUGCUUCUGGCUCAGUAAUCUCCCAGUCAUCGGAUGUGGACAGCGCUCUGCCAAUUGAUCUUGAAUCGUCCGCCAGGUCGUCUCCUUCGUGGCUGCCAGGCGAAGAGCCCGGAGCUUCCCGCGAGUCGGGCAGAACGGAGCUGCCAGACGUGCAAUUGCAUAAAUUUGGUGGGAGCAUUGUCAAUUCGGUGACCCUUCAUCGUUUGCCCGGAGACGAGAAAGGCUCAGCUGCUGAAGACAUUGUUGUCCUUAGUAACAACGACAAGACCGUGACCAUUUAUUCUCUUACCCGUUCAAAAGUUGUCAAAGUCCUACAUCACCAAGCAUGCAUGAACUAUGCGAUAAUGUCCCCGGACUCCAGCAUCCUCGCCGCCGUCGGGGACGAGACCCGUGCGUACUUCUAUGACGUUACUCGCGACCUCGAUUCGACCACCUUUAUGGAAAACGGCGAAAAGUUCUUUGGCUGGAACUGGGAUCUGCUCAGCUGCGUAGAGAUGGACAUUGGGACACGGUUCGAUGACGGAUGCUGCUUUAGCAUCGCAUUCUCGCAAUUCAGUCGACUGUGCGCCAUCGGAUCGCAGUCUGGGGUGAUUACCGUAUUUGACGUCAAGACACUUCGAAGUGAGCCAAAUGCCAAAAGCUCGGUCAUAUGCCAUUUCAAUUCUUCAAGGCUCAGCUGCAACGGAGGUGCUGUGCGCUGUAUGACGUUUGCACCCGAGCCUUGGGAUCUCUUGGUGUGGCUGGAGGAGAAGGGGCGGGCCGGGAUUGCAGAUGUUCGCCAGGCCUUCGUUCGUAGACAGAUCCUCCAGCUGGAUAUGAACGAGCCCGGCAUACAGGAAAUCCGGACCGAGCCCCUUUUAGAUGAUUCUGUGGCUCUGGGGUUUGACCUUGAUAGUCGAUUCAGCCUGGAAUCACGCAAUGAAGUUGACGCAGCACAGAGAGCGAUACUCGAUUCGAUCGAGAGCCCGUCAAAUGAACAGCGAGGGUCUUCCGACAAUCUGCCAAUGCGAGAAAGCUUAAUACACGAUAUCUCUGAAAGGGAAAGACUCAUCGUGGAGUUUUUGAACACGGCGCGCUGGACGUCGACGUUGGAUGAAGGUCUGGCGGAGCGACGGGCUAGAGCUAAUGCGAAUCCACAGCCCAUACCUCGUUCACGAUUCCAAGGUGCCACAGAUGUGCCCAAUCGUAUUUCUCGUCCCACGUCUCCCCUUCGUCAUGGCGAACCGUCGACUGGAGUGCCGCGGGAAACCCAUCCUGCUCAUGCAAUAUCUCUCAAUCGCAGACCAAAUGCUCGGCGGCAAAGCUCCGUGGUAUUAUCACACGACACUUUGGACGCGGGAAGUCGUACACAAGAGACGAGUGACCCAAAUCUAGAGUCUCAGCCAAGCAUAACACUCACCUGGACCGCAUCACCAUCCGAGAUGCAGUCUGCUACACCGGAAAAUCCCCUGCGGUCAAGCGAAUCGAGUUCAAAUGACCUCAGCAGCUCUAACAACGAGGCUAGCACGGCACACCAGUCCCAGCGCACGAUCGGUCGCCCAUCCGCUAACUUCGACUACUCGAACACGGCCAUGGACACUACACCCCGACCGAGGACUCAUCAAUCCCACUCUAGAUCCCGACGAUCCGGGAGACAAGAUGGUACAUCGGAGGCUCGACAUGAGCCGUCACGCCUCUCUAGCUCCGAGCUGGUGACCAACGUCGCUGCGCUGGAACGUCUCCGUCGACAACGACAAAUAAUCAGUGAAGCACACAACCGAAACAACCAUCGCGAGCGAUAUCGACAACAAUUGUUGGGCUCCGAGCAGUCUCGUUCUUCUCGGUGGAUGCGGAGUAUCUUGGAUGAACUACCCGAUCGAAGUUUGGGAGCUGGAUAUAGGGACCAAGAUACAGGUAGUACAGCCGGAAUCGGUUGGGGCGCGGACGGUAGAACGCUGUAUAUUGCCACAGUGGACGGGAUUUUUGAAUAUCAGCUGAACAUAAGAGAUCGGAAAACAUUUCCUGUCGUCAGUUACCGAUAAAGCGGUCCUCCCAUAUCUUUACGGUCCUUCUUUUCGAUUUAUUUUCUUUCUAUUUGCCUUUGCAAGAACUUUCCCUUGUGCGGCGGACAGUUAUUUUUUCUGUCCAACGACAUCAACUCUUCUCUUUUAUCUGUGUUUAAUAUGGACCGCCAUGCCCCCUUUCUGUGAGAGGAAUUGGGCCUUCGGAGGCCACGAAAGUUCCCGAGUUUUCAGAAGCAGUUGAUCAUGGCUUCGGGGAGUGAUUUUUCAAUGGCGUCUCAUCUAUUCUUGCCCCUCCAUUUUUUAUUUUCGGAAGCGCUUAGUUCACAUCGUCGGCUUGGGUUGUUAUCUUGCAUUUACCUCUGGCGCCAAGGAAAUUGCGAAGGAAGAUUUUCAUUAGUUCAGG